GACGGGUAGGCAAAGGAUCGCUGUAGUUUAGUUACUGAACAAUGAAAGAUGCAUAAAGGUUUUCUUGGACUUGGCUGUCAUAUUUAUUUUUAAUAACCAGCUAAGAGACAGUUGAAUGUCUAAAUUAUGCCCUCCCUUGUACGGGAGGUUCUGAUGUGGCGAAACGGCAAAGAAAAUUUGCUGAUCGCGUAACGGAGCAUGAUUGUAAAAUGGCUGAAUUUGGAAAUCAACCGUCGGGUUUUAACCCUCCAGGGAGGCAAGGAUGUUUGUCGGAUCAGGAAAGUUCUUCGGAGAUUUCCUCAGGAGUUGAUUUACAAGAGCGUUUACGAAAGGAGAAGUCAUUUCGCAAACAGACGGACGAAGUAUACCAACGUCUUCAGGACGACUACGAUGAACUUCUAAAGAAAUAUGCACAGGCCGAGAAUACCAUAGACCAGCUGCGAAUAGGAGCAAAACUUAACUUGUAUAGCGACUUACCCCCACCACAACAAAGCUCGUUUGUAAAUGUAACAGUUCACAAACAACCUGGUACGUUUAGAUUUCCGAGAAGUAGCCGUGCUGUGUUGAGCGAAGGUGGCUCUGCGAACGAAGAGACAUCUCGCGGGGUUGAUGCCGGGACGCAAAAUGGCAACCAAUGGAUUUAUGCGCCAAACGCCGGUUCACAUCCUUCGCUCUCUGAUGGCGUGAGAUUAAGAACAGCUUUGUCGUCUAAAGUUCAACAUUUUCAGGAAGAUGUAGAUGCUUUACAAGAUCAUGUUAUGCAGGGACAAUGGGCUGAACCUGAAAUAGACGAACUGCGGAGUAUGUGUGAGCAAUUGAAGGCUCAAAGUGAGAAUUUAAAACGUGAAUUGGCUCAGAUCAGACGGUUGGAAAGUGGUGGAGAUCCUGAAACAUUUGAAGAUGAAAGGUGAGUGAAAAUGAAGAUAAAUUUGACGUUCUUGGUGAAGGUCAAAGAUGUUGAUUGUGAUUAUAUUUAGGCCCGGAAAUUGUGUUUGUAUAGAUGUAUUUUUGUCAACACAAACUUUGUCGCAAUACAGAUCUCCCCUGAAAUAUUUGUCAUUUUACAAGUAGCAAGUUUACGUUCUUAUAUUGAGCACAAAAAUUAACAAUGGCCUUGAAAGCUUCGAAUUUUUCUGUUUAGACGUGAUAAUUAUGUUAACUUUUCUCCUUUAUUUAACAGACAUUUUGUAGACCUUCAAUAAAUGAGCUUAUUUAACUAGGUCUUCGACUUAAGCUUUGUCCAAAGUUAAACGAAACUGCUUAAUGAUUAAUAAUAAACGCUCUGAAUUUUAAAACGAUCAACUCGCGAUAAGAAAAAAAGAAAAAUGUUUUCCAGCUGAUUCAUUAUUAUGAUUCAUUGUUUCCUUUUACAAAACUGAAAAGUUUUUCUUUCAAUCCCACUUGUAGAUUUGAAAUAGCCUAACACCUUUGGUAUGCUUUGUAAAAACACAAAACAUUGUUUAGGUUGAAAUGACUGCAGGUCGACUGUAAAAUUUGUGAUCCCAUUCUUUUGGUUUAACAUUAUUCAUUCGCUUUUAUAAUGACACCUAGGUUUUGGUUGAUUUGAAAAUUAAUAUAUCAUGCCCAAAGAUAUUUAGGAAUUUUCCUGAAAGCUUUAGUACAGGAUGCUCCCAGCAGGAUCACAAAGCUAUGAUUUUUUAAUUGUUGAAAUUUUGAAAACGAUAACAGUAGUGUGUACAUUUUUUCCAACAAAUAAUAAAUGUUCCCGUAGACUUGGAAAUAUAGGUAGUGAAAUGGCAUUCACUAUAUAAGCCAUGAAUAAUCACUAAACGACACGCUUUUAAUGUAUCUUUAAAGGUGUUGGUUUCUAAAAAAAGACUGGUGCAGUUUUAAGUUGUGGUAUGAAACUGGUUUUGUCAACCAAGCUUGAUUGUGUAGAAUGCUUGCCUACAGUUGGGGCUUGAGUAAAACAAUGAUUGUCGAAAAGCUUUUAAAAAGGCAAAACAUGUGUGAAUUUCUCUCAGAAUUAUUUAUAUUUGGACGUGCAAUAUACACGUGAUGUCUGUGAAAAGUUUGAUGGCAUAAUAAUUGGUGUUUUUCAGCCAACAUUAUGAUCAUUAUGAAUUAAUUAUCUUUUGAGGUCAUUUCUCAAAACAGCAUUUCCCCUUUGCUUUGAAGCAAACUGCUCUUACUUUUCAAUUGACUUAUGACAACUUUACGCUUUAAGCACCACCAUGGGAUUCUUCAGUUGUAUUAGAAUGGGCUGACACAUCUAAACUGGUUUCAUCAGUUUUGGUCAUUUCCAAAACCUAUAUCCAUUUAAUAGACGUUUUGAUCAUUCACCAAUUUUGGUCAUUUUGGGGCUGGUGCACCAUAUACCAAGUGAAUAGCAAGACUCAAGUUACAUCACGAAGAACACAACAAUAAUAUCUAGCCGUUACACAAUAGCACAGUAGAAUGAUACAAUAGUGCAUUUAUUGACUUGGUAUAUCGAGCAUCACCCCAUUUUGGCAGAAUACAAAGUGACAAUUUGGGAAAAAAAAUAGUGUAACAGACCCAUCACAACACCAGACAGUACUGUGAAAUAGCCACAAAAUACACAUAGAUCUCCUAUACUGUAAGUGACCAUCAGUGGUUGCUGAUGAAUGAUUCAAACCAUCGUGCUUUGACGUAGUCAACUGAUUUGACCUGGAAUACCUGGUGGUGGUUCUUGGGAGCAUUCACCCCAAAACAAGGAGUGUUUAACUCUGCAUAUUUCAUUGUACAUGUAUUGUAUUAUUGCAAAAAAAUAUUAUGGUGACUGUACAUGAAGUCUUUUGCCAGGGAAUGUAGCGUGCAAAGAAAGUCAUGCCUGAUAGCCCAGGGCUAGUGGAUUUUACUAUCGGGCUAGUGAAUUUUGUUCUUAACUUGCCGGCCUGGCAAGUGAAAUUUUUUAAGGAAUUCUAAUCACAAAAGAACUGUUAUGAACCCUCCUCAUCUUCGUGCUACUUAAAAUGACUCUUCGGCUAUACAUGCCAACUACAACUUGCCAGAAUGGCAAGUUGUAAUACUGACUUUCUUUGCACCCUGGGACGUGGCAUAAGCUGUACCAAAUUUUAAUUAAUGUGCUCUUUUGUCAGAGUUAUUAGUGUUAGUCAACUGAUGGUCAUGUGGCUCAGGGUUUUAGUAUGGUACUGUGGUGGGGUUACUUUGGUUUUGGUCAAAAGAAGGCAGAAAUUAGAACCCUUUCCUCUCUGGGGCUAGAAAAAAUCCUGUAAGGAAAUUAAACCCCAGAAGAUAUCAAAAGAUGAUGUUGAUUAUUUUUGGAGAGUGAUGAACAGCACAAAAAUGUUUCCUUUGAUGUGCCAAGUCUAAUUAUUUUGUGAGUCACAGUGAUACAUAAAAGAUUUUAGCAUAACUAAGUUAGAAAAUUAAUUGCAACAACCAAAAUAUCCAUUACUCAUAAGAAAAUUAAACAUGGGCCUUUUUUUCAUUUUGUGUCUUUUAACUAUAGAAAAUUAAUGUCAAAAUGAGAUACGGUGUAAACCCAAUAAAAAAUGGACAUAAGUUGUUUGCGUGAGGUUCCCUUUGCCUUUUUGUGAAAGCAACGUGACUUGCAAGUAUAAAGACCUUUUUGACAUCUCACUUUACACUUAAUCUGUGAUGGAUGGCUCACCACUUUGAGUGGAGUCGUAAUAAAAUGUAGCUUGUUCAUAUGUGAUGAUUUUAAAAAGAAACCUUCACUUUAUGGUGUUGUGUGUGUACGUGCAUAUUGAUGUGUUUUCUUUGUCUUGAAUUUACUCUACUUUACUCUAUUUUGUUCAUAGUCAAUUUGAGUAGUUGCAUUGUAAUAUAACUGAAGUCCUUAAUAAGAUUCAAAGUUAAAUUCCAGCAUUCAACUCACUCCUUUUUAUUCAUACAUUUUAAUUUGAACAUGAGGAAAACCAGGAUGUGCUGCAAAUUUUACCAGUGAAAGUAACCAAAAAAUAAAAUAAAAAUUGAAGAUUAGAAGCAGGAGGGGAUUUGUGACACAUUAUUAUGCUCAGCUCUUGGUGGAGACUAUUCCAAGUCAGUUUUUUGGAAGAAGUGAUAAGGUGUUGUUCCAGUAAUAACAAAAAACUAUUUUUGUUAUUCCUUUGCAGUUUUACUGGUGAUUUUUUGCCUGAAGAUAGCAUCAAUGGACAGGUGAGUAAAUUAAUCAACUAUUUUGUAUUAUUAUUUUUCUCUUUCCAAAGCUUUUAGACCUUCUGUGGCAAAGUUAUCUGGACUUAUGCAAAGCUCAUUGACACAUUAGUUUUGUUUUUGUUUUUUGCUACGAAAUCUCUUUCAUUGUGAGGAGUUUGUUUCCUAAUUAAGCUUUACGUAUUAAGUGGUAUUGAACUGGAAAAUUCUUCUGAACCAGCACCUUUCAAAACAGCUACAGACUUGGCACUGGCAAAGACAGAAAACAAGAUGGAGAACUAGACAAACAAAUGUACGGAAAUGCAUAAGCAGCUAUCCUGCGUAGCAAGUGGUUUUCUUGUGUUUUUGUUUUUUGUUCAUUACUCAAUGUUCUUUCUCUUGCCCGCUCCCAAUCAUUUUUUUGUGUAACUUCUCACUUUAUGAAACAUCAAUGAAAAAAAUGUCUGCUUUGCACACUAAUAAUCAAGUGGUAUACGUUUAAGGCGAAAAACACUGGCUUGCGUGUAUUUGUCAGAUGUACAUUUUCAUCUGUGCUUUGUCCUUGCAGAUAUAUCGAUGUGGGCUGAGACUUGAGGAAAUAUCAGACCAACUGGGAAGUGCAACUCCAAUCAACAGGGUACCCAACCAUGAGGGAAGGAGGAACAGUUAUAGUGAACUGUUAAACAGGUUAAGCAACAUUCCUGUUCUUUGCCUAUGUAGAGUGUCCUUGCUUUCCUGGUCAAACUUUGUGUCUGGCAGUGUGGUUUUUACUUACAUGUACAAGACCAUAGUUGAUAUUACAUUUUGAGGCAGCACUAUUACUUACUUACAAGCCCUAGGAUUUGAAAUCCCAUGGACAACAAUAAUUUUUCAGUUCCGUGCCCAGAAAUCAUGGGAAACCAUUGGUAACAAUAUUUUGGUUUGGUGAAAAUUCAUGGGAACCAACUUUUAUUUCUUUUAAUGUACAGAAAUGUGUUGUUGAACAUACUUCUAAAUUAAAGGACAUUGGUGUGUACUGUUAUUUACAAUAAAAACAUCAGUAUCUAUUAAAAUGUCAUAAGAAGGUCAAUUUAAGUGUUAAAAUGUGUUGCACUAAGUGUCAAAAACUCCAGAGUCAUUUAAUAAAACAGGAAGAAAAUUUUAUUGCAAUUUGGGAGUGCCUUGAAAUACUGCACUUUGUGACCUGGGCUCUCAUCUGAACCAACUCUGCCCUAGGGGGGAGGGGAAAUGGUAGCUUUUUAGUGGAGAAAUAUUGUUCUUGUGUGGGGGGUGGGGCAUUUGUUGUGAGUGCCAUUGUGAAAAUACCUGGGGUUCCCAGGGGUCAACCCCCAGGAUGGCCGCUGAUAAUAUAAUUUUAAGCAAAAUUUACUGGAUGAGGUUUUUGUAAUAUUCGGAAUAAUCAAGUUUGUGGUAAGUGAUAUCAGCUGAUUCAAAGGCCAAGGCUGACAAGACUUUAAUACAGAGACCUCGAUUAUUCUGGAUAUCAUAAAGAGUUUAAAAUUGCUCCUUGAAAUCAUGCAUUGCGCACGCAACCUACAGAUAAGUCAGUUACUGACUAAUCUGUAGGUUGUGCUGAUUUCCAAAAUUCACUGUAGGCUCUUAGAAGACAGAUAGUGAGUAAAAUGUAUAAAAAGUCCAUUGAUUUUCUUUUGAUUUUGUUGUAACAUACAAACAGUGUUCUCCUUAUCAGGCGGUAACAAGUAACAUUUACUGCCUAAAGCAACACUUUUUACCGCCUGCAAUGGUCUGAAGGUUUGCGAAAAUUAAAGAAGUACCUUUAGCACCUAAAUUUCCCAUUAAGGGCAGGGUCAUGUCCCGCACUCCAUUACCCCCCUGCCCUCGGAAAAGUGCACCUCUGUGGUGCAUAUUUUUUGCCUUACCGGCUCUUAAUGAUCCCCAACCUGCUGAGUUAAAAUUUACGGAGAACGCUGUACAAAAUAAAGGGAUGUGGAAUCAAGUCAGUAUAACUGCCUCAGUAAGUAGUAUCCACAAUAGAGCAAUCAGAUAAUCUACAUGUUUAAUACCCAUAAUAUAUUAUUUACAUGUUUUGUAUAGACCUAGAGAUGGCUAUCCACAAGCGGUGGCUGAAAACCAUGGGCAUGAACCUGAGUUACAGAAUUUAAUGCAGGUAACUGAUAUGAUGAAAGAGUGAAGAUUCAGCUUUCGGCACAUGAUAUUAUAGAAAAAUUAAAGCAAGGCUGCAGAUAACAGCGGAUGUCACUGAUGAAGGGAUCCAGUCGGGUUCCGAAAGCUCUGUGUAACUUUCAAGAAAUUGUUGACCCUCCCUAUUGUUGGUGGUGAAAAAAAUUUCUCUGCAACUAAUUUGAUGUUUGAUGUUUGUAAACACAUGACACAUUGCUCUGAAAAGAGUUAUAGUCUGUGGUGUUCUCUUCGCAGGGCUCGAAAUUAACUUUUUUGUUCGGGAGCCAGCUGGCGACUAACGGAAAAAUUUUGGUCGCCAGAUCGUAAAUUUUGGUCGCCAACUUAUUUUAUAUAUAACUUACACAAGAACACGAUUUUAUACGUUACUUUGCAUGCAAGAAAAGUCACAACUGAAGAGCGAAAACAAUUAGAAACAACACGAGUAACACUUAGUUAUAAAGCUACCGUUGUUCUCAGGUGAUAUGUCUCUGGUCCGAAGGUGAUGGUUGUCUCCAUAGUCAUUUUAAAUGAAGCGAAGCAUAAAACGUUUUAAGUCCGUGGUUUUCAUUCUGAGACAAACACGGGUCCUUGUGUAUUUGCCCUUUGCUACUUCUACGAAAUGCCGUUCUUUAUUUUCGACUUGCUUUCCUCAACGCCUUUCGCUGCCGACAAACAACGCCAUGCUUGGCCCAGGCCUCUACGCAACCACAUUGCUCGUACCAGUCUCCGACCGGGAGGAAACAAAAAUGGGCUUAGUGCAGUUUUUGGGUCUUCGUUUCCUUUUUAGACAGAACGUUUUAGGAAAAUAAAACCUAAAAUGUUGCGGGAGUUACGGAGACACCGUAUCUGCCACCAUUUUUGUUGUUGAAGUGCGCCUGCGAUCCCAGUUUCGGAAGAAGCCGCUGAAACAAUAUGGCGCGCCCUGAACGCAGUAUCGACGUGUCGAUUAUCUUGUAAUAUUCAGACAUUAUUUUACUGGGGACGGAAAGGUGAGUUGUAUACUAGCUACCAUAUCCGAUUGAUUUCCAAAUAUAAAGAUUUAAAAACAAAAGUUGUGUCGUGGUUUUCUUUAGUCAUCGGACAAAACGCGAGUCGCCAGCUGGCGACCAGUUCUGAAAAUUUAGUCGCCAGUGCUCAAUUUUUGGUCGCAUUGGCGACCAGUGAGUCGCAAUUUCGAGCCCUGCUUCGGUGAGCUUUCACACGUGCUCUCACUUAAAGAAAGGAACUGUUUAUUCUUUAACGACCCACGGCAAUAUGCUGAUUUAGCCAGGCUAAAAGCAAAGCUCCUGUUUAUGCAUUUUAAAUUUACUGCAGACAGUGUGCUUUAAAUUAUUGAAAAGACCACAAAUCUAUGCUUAACUUUAUGGGAAAACCAUCUGACUGAAAAACUUAAACUUGAGUCUGCGAUCAAAAGCUAACAUUUGGUCUGCGGAAAACUUUAAAAAACGUGUGACCUCGAUGAGUUGGCACCUGAGCCUGCCAUAGGGUCAUGUGACACUGGUCAACGGAUACUCUGUUUUGACACCUGUCAAUUGACCGUAAUAUGGAUGUCUAUUAUGAGGUUAACAAAUAGAUUCCAUGUAAGAACGUUUUCACAUGACGUCACGGCGGCCAUAUUGGUGUUCCAAAACAAUGAAACGGCAGCCAUGUUGGUGUACCCAGAAAAUCCUCUGGUAGUUGAACUCUUUUCUCAUGUAAAUGCUUUCUUUUGUUCCAAUAAAUUAGCAUACAUUCUGGCCACGUUCGUGAAAACGCCCUAUAGAUCACAGAUGACAUCAAAAUGUGUUUAAAACAAAAAAGUGGCACACGAGCCGCAGGCGAGUGUGUCACUGGUGUUUUUACCACAUUUUGAUGUCCUCUAUGAUCUGUUACCGAACAGACCCAUGGCAACAUGGAAUCUAUUUGUUUUGUACAAUCAUCAGAAAAGAAAAAAGACCGAUACCCAUGCUCUAUUCUGGAAAGAUUAAAAAGGAAAAGAAGAAGAAGAAAGAAAAGAAAGGAAGAAAGGAAAAUGAAAGAAAAGAAGAAAAAGAGUUGAAAAAAAUUCUGAUUACGAGGACUAAUGCCUCCUAUUAGUAUAAUAAUAAUAACAAUGAAUAAUUGGAUUAUGGAAACUUGGAAACAAAUGACAAGUGUGACUUCUGCCCCUUGAAAAAGCCUGUAGCUGCUUAAUGAAAUGUGUAAAUUAAAUAUAGAGUUUUUAUGGGAAGCGUGCAAAUGUGUUUUUUUAAGGCGGCAGUUAGUAUGUAAUGGCUGUUCUCUUUCGAGAAAGUUUGUUAUGUUUGUUGCUUUGCCUUUACAAUACACAAAUAAAUUUGUACAGAAACUCCCUGGUGGAUGUCAGAAUUAACUUAAGUUACUCACCUUCCAAGCAAUCCAUAGCUUCCAGGGAACUGUUCGAUGUAAACGUUAAUUACGUUAUGUCGGCUUCGUUGUUUCUGAUUUUCUUACUUCUAGAUUACUGAAGUAGAUAUGCAAUACCCCAUGGUGACCUCGUUUUAUUUUCUUUGUCCCCUUUCUAUUCAACAUUUUAAUAGAUUUGUUUAUUUUCCCCUUUUUCAGAGGCUCAGAAAUAUCAAAGAAGCCAGCCGGAAUGAUUUAACAAGGUAAAUUCUAUGCAAGGCAAAUUUUAUGUGGUACAUUUUGUUUGUUGUCCAAGACAACCCCUUCCAAAUGUCCAUCUAUUGAACAAAAUGUAUAUCACUUGCCGUGAGAAGUGAAGUUUAUUUUUAGCUCAAUCCCCUCCCACCUCAUUUGGUCAAACUUGAGUCAUGCAAUGUAAUUCUAGCUUUUAAGUCAUUUAAUGAAAUCUUACUGAAUGUGGUCAUUCUGAAAAAAAAAAGUUAAUUCUUUGAUCUAUUUUUCUCUUAAAUUCUUAGUUUGUUAAUGAAAUCUUGGCCUUCUUAGGUAGUGGAUGUAAAGUGUCAUUUGACUGGCAAUAUGUUCUCAUAAAUAAACAACAUUGUUUAGUGAGAUUUUUUAAUUAUAAAUAAUAGAGAAUUACGGUUCAAGUGUUCACUGCAAAUUUAUUUUCCUUCAAAUUCAUGCAGUAGAUUGUUACAAUUUUUUUUCCAGUAUCUUGGAAAUGUUCAUAUGUAUCAUUGAUCCAAAAUCCUAGAUUUCAAAAAAAGUUUAAAUAGACGAGAUUUUUUUUCCUCUUAGGCAAUAAAAUUUAUUUAUAUAAUUUUCUAAGCUAGACUUUGGUGUGUUUACAAAUAUAACGACGGAAGAUUCUAUCCCGUAAACCCCCAUAACAAAACAGAUUUGCAUGGAUAAAAAGCCGUAUUGCUCUCCCGGGCAGGUGUCUCCUAGCGAUAUUCAACGACAGGUAGAUAAGUCAAUAUAGCAUAUGAUAAUUUCUGACAGAAGUGUUUAAAUCGGAUGCUACUGUAUCAGGAUGUUAUUUCAAGAACAUCACGACCGCGAUUUCAUCUUUCGAUAAUUCACGCAUGGCGUCAAGAGCUUUUCAUGAAAACUGCAGUGAAAGCACGGAAGAUGAAGAAAUCGCGAGGAUCUUACGUUGGGCCGCAGCAAUGUAAUAUUCUUAUUUUACAUUUUAGCUGUUAAAUUGAUUUGAAUUUCAAGGAUUGAUUUAACGAUGAGGCCGUUUUUGAGUAAACAGAGCUUCAGCCAGUCGUUUGUUAUUUUGAGGGAGUACACUGUGUUGUAAGACGAGAGCAUUUUCGUUUCGAGUCAGAUUCUGAUUACUAUACCUGUUGUGUUUUGUUUUUGUUUCAUGUGGUUCUAUGAUGGUAUCAAGACGGCUCAAUGUAUCUUUGUGUUUGUUGUUAAAGCCAACAAAAAUAGAAGCUCGACUUUUUGCUUUUGUUUUUGCCGCUAUCACGAUUCUUAGGUCGGUAAUGGUUAAUAGAAAGCAAACGGCAAAGAUCACUUUGAUUCGAUUUCUCUCUUGUUGACCUGUGUCCGUAAUAAUAGUAAUCAUUGAUUAUAAUCGCUUCUAUUUUUCUCUAAAAGAUUGUAGGCUUAUGUUAAUUGUGAAAUUCUAUUUUCAAAAUCUUGAAAUAUUCGGAAGUGAUGCAUGUUAUGUUAAAGUAACACAGAAUCGUUCUUUUAGUCGCUACAUCAGUGAUGACUCGAGCUAAAACGUCUUCAAAUCCUGGAAAUUUAUCCUCAUUUCAAAUGUUUUUCAUUAACAUAACUGGGCAUUUUACAUAGCUAACACAUUUUAUGAAGUGAUUUUAAAGAGUAUUUUCACACGGGUUUUUUAACCUGCCGCAGCCUAGGAUUUUUUUGAAAGUGGUGUUAACAAAAUUGUGGGGCGAAACGAUUAUUUCUCAAAACUGUAUCACGUCUUGAAUCGCCUUUUACACAUCGUGAUUUUAAAGAGCGCUUAUGUCUUUUAAUGAUUUGUGAUUUGCUUGUGGUUUUGAUAAAAAGGGGAUAGAUACAGUGGAAAAAUGGGAAUGUGUUACUUUUAUAUGACCUAUAGUUAGAACCCAAGAUUUAAUCAUUUUACUGUAAAUCCCGUUCUUAAAACUAAGUUGUCAUAUCCUCAAUUUUUUCAUUAUCUGCUCUCAGUUUCUCUUCACAGUGAUUGAAUAUGUAUAUCGGAAUUCUUCACGAAGCAUGCCAUUCAAUAUAAAGUUGUUUGUAACAGUGUUUUUUCUUUCCCUGUUUGUUUGCCUCCCCAAGGUGGAGUUUAUUCGCAAAAUUGAUAAUUUUAUUUUUUUGACUUCCAAUAUCGCAUUUAAAACUGCGAACUGAUUUUUUACAUUUUUUUCGUUGGUCUUGCAGAGAAGGGAACAGCACAGACGAUGCAGCGGAUUUUGAUGUGAAUUCCGUCGGAAGAGAAGACGAAUACAAUCGAAGAUUUUCGCUGGGUAAGGUCAAGUUGGUUUUUCCAUUCGUAUAACGUUCAGUUGUAAUGAUAAUUGCAAAAUCGUUUAAGACGCUAAACGUUGUCGUAGUGAUUUCCUUUCGUUGCAUUAUUAGUGACGGUGAUUGGGUAAUGAAGUAUUAUUUUGAACCUAUCGCAUGAUAUCAUGUCUUGUUUUAUCCGCAGGUCCGCUUCCAGAUAGCGAUGGUGAAUUUGGGAACAAACAGGUGAAUUAAAAUCUCUUAUUAUAAACUCGUGUUGGCUCCUUUACAGCGAUUUUCUCCGCUUUCUGUUACAUCGCUUACGUAUACCUCUAUUAUAAUCCUAGUCGGACAAAACUAACACUUAACAUAUUCAAAUUGAAUGUCAGUUUUCGCAUCGUAGACUUUUUUAAAUUAUUAGCUGGUGCUUUCGUGCUGUGUCGAAUUUAUUACAAAAUGACAGUUUUUAAAGUAAUCUGAAUAUUCUUGGAAAGCGUUCCGUUAAGAUGUCGAGUCAGUUGACUUUCAUGUUUUUCAUUAUCCAACAUAUAUUGUCACUUUAACCGUUCUUUGUGUGGCGAUAUUGAUUAAUUGAGGGAAUUUUUUAAGCGGAAUUACUGUCUGUUACAUGUGGUUUUGCAUGCAUCAUAACAUUAGGAAACUGACCAAUCAUCUGUCAUCACCUAGUGCGUUCUAGGGGAUUUUGUCUUGAGACGUGUGUAAAAAUUACCUCAAAUUGCGUAAACAAACUUUAUUCAAAUUUCUUUAUCGCUCUAUCAAAAUAAUCGAAAAUGAUUCGAGAGCCGGGCCAAUACGACUGUUCACUGUAUUGAGUUGUUCUUUUGGAGUUUUCGUGUCGAAAAAGCCAGUGGGGUCCAACACAACGGCAAAUGUUUGGAAUAUGGUACUCGAAAGCCGACUGAAUCUUACCACGAAACGUGCUGAGUUAAUUUGACGAAAAUUUGGCAGAGAGUUCCUGGCAAUAUUGUGAAUCUGAGCAUCAGAGUUUUUCCUUUUUGGUUAUGGAAUGUUUUGGGAACGAAGGAUCACUAGAGGAGUUUUAUUUGGUUCUCUUGGAUGGAAGAUUAGAAUAUUCGGUAAGCGCUGUCGGUGAUUUUAUGCUACUAGCGUGGCAUAAUUAGUGGUGAAGAAAAUUAGAAGUUACGCUUUGUUACUCUUUCGCCAAUCUAACAUCAAUUAAGUACAAGACUAUUCAUAUUAAAAAAAAAUGCGGAUAAUUUUGUUAUCUUCCUCUUUCGAUAAUGCUACAAAUUUUUCUGUCGUAAACCGCUGUUGAGGUGGUUUUGCGAAGAAUUCAGAUCAAUUCCUAUAUCGUAGGCGAAAAUCGUGGAGCAGGGGAAACCUGCCAAGUAUAUUUUGUUAUUUUAUUGCAGACUACAUUAUUUUGGAAAGAAUUCGUUAUGUGUGCCAUAAACGGAGUUCUAUUUUUGUUUCCUAGGGGCUUGGUGACCACGCCGAACCUUUGGACCUUCAAGAGUCUGGCUACUUCGCCUCCGAGUCCAUGAGCGUUCAGGACCCUGCGUCUGAACCUCUAGAGAGUCAGUAUUUUGCCAACAGUCAAGGGCCUCAUGACAGAUCACGAGGAAAUUCUUUACUGGCAACAAGGUGCAGACGGCUUUUUCCUCUAUUUGAACGGACUCCGACCCGUUUCCAUUCAUAUGGGAUUUAUGCCAGUUCAUGUUCUAUUAUUUUGUAUUAAAAAGGGAACACGCGUUUCUUUCUGUUAAAAAGAAACAAAGCAAACACAUAAUUGACGUAGCCGUAUUUAGUGAAGAUUUGUGUGCCUCAUCUCCAUAGAAAACAAGCCCCAAGGAACGUGUGCUUUUGGCCAUGAAAAGAGUAGAGUGUCCACAGUCCCCUAUUUUUCCAUAAGACCGUGGAGAUCGAAGACCCGGACGCCCUAGCCCGUUCCAGGCGUUCAGAUAGUGGGGAGCGGUGCGAGGUAACAAGGAGCCCGCACCUCUCUCCCCAGUCCCCCUCUACUUUUCAUCGCUUUCUUUACUUCGCACCGCUCUGCACUAUCUGAACGCUUGGAACAGGCUACGGACGCCCGCUCCCUCGGUACAUUUGAAAAUCAAGAUGGCCGCUAUUAACGAUGAGACGCGCGGUAUCUCGACGAUCUCACGGAAAAAUAGGGGACUGUGAACAGUCUAUAAAAAGAGGAAUUUCGGGUCUUUUUGGAAUCGCAUUCCCCCCUCUCCUAUAUUGCGAAGUUUGUAUCAGUGGAGAGUAUUUAAAAAAACUAAAAGCGGUCGUAUUCGUGGCAGGAACAAGGUAACUCGGAAAUUCAUCGUUGAAUUGCUUGAUGACAUUCGCAAAACUGAUUGGACAAGAAUCGAAAACCCGGGGUUAAGGUUUUUGAGGACAGCCGCGACACUAGCUUGCGAACAGCAGACGCUUUUUUUUAGCGACGACCGGAAAUGCCUCGGCUGUUCGCAGGCUACCGCGACACUUGUGUCGUGCUUUAGGAAGAUGCAAAGAUAGUCAAUGAGACAGUGCUUUCCUUAAGUUGGACAGCAAGUGUAGAAGAAUACCCGCUAUUCCAUAUUAAAGUCUGUCAAUAACGUUCUUUUUCGUUUUUUUCUUUUUUUUUUCAGCCCCCGUCGCUUGUCCGUCUCUUCUACUGCUGGCCAGCGUUCACGAACCGGGAGUCACGUGAGCCGUUCCAACACAGCAGACGUUGACUCACCCCCUCCUCCCGAGGACGAAGGUGACAACGAUUUAGCUUCUUCUAGUCUUCCCUCCCCUCAAACCUCUCCUGGUAGUACCAGAUCCCCUCGAGCUUACUCCAGCCCAGCACAAACUAAUGUGAAUGACAUACCCCCUCCACCCCGACGCCAGGACAGUCACGUGAGCGAAGACAGUAGUAAACGCUCGCGGGCAAGCUCAAGAGCAUCUCGUUUGCCGCGAUCUAGACCCGAUCAGGAUGGUUUGCGUGACCAUGGUGCUGCUGCGAACCCUGACGGCACGUUUGUAGAACAUGAUCGUGCCCCUAGCAAUCGCAGCCUGCCACGUGAAGCAUACGUGCCGCAGGACACUCGUGGCAAGCGAAGCAAUUUGCGUGAUCCUCCUUGGAGCGCGAAUGAAUCACACGAAGAAAACGCACGCAGACCAUCGCGUGUUGUCCAUGGUCGUCCUUUAAGGGCCAGUGUUUCAGGCGACAGUCGUGUUUCGACUCCCCUGUUCCUUCCUGAUGGAGCUCCUCGACCGAAAGAAACUCAGCGAAGGGGCAAGCAACGCAACCCGACCGCUGACUCCGAAAGAGGCUUUGACAGCGGAUUUUUUGGUUCGGAAGGGAGUCGGAUUUCUCGAGGGCACGAGUCGCCCGAUAUCCGUCCGACAUUUUAUCCCGAAAAUAAACUUCGGGUCGCUCCUUUGCAAGAACAUUCUGCUACAGAAACGGAGGACGACAGGCUUCAUACGACCGUCCCCAAACAUACUCCGAAGCUGAUACCCAGAAAUAGGGACCAUAGACGGCGACGAUCUUCUCUCCAAUCUUUGUCUGAAAGCGAAGAAGAUCGUGCCCUUGAAACAUCACACGCUAAACCUCCAACGAGGACGCCUUCGUCUCAACGAGAGCGGAGGAGUCAUCGGCACACUCCGACUCAUCCCGCCCCUCGGUCGGAUAACGAAGGACAACGAAGACUUGACGACUCUUUGCGAAGACACGCGUCAACUCCGAGCUUAUACGAUGACGGUGCGGGAGAUAGAUCUGAACAAGUCGGAAGAGGCUCAAGGACUCCAACCCGUCGCGAGAAGGCGUCGACUCCAUUGAGGAGCACUGGUAAGGAGUGUUUUUCUUCUACCUAUUUAAAGUUUCCUCUCUUCACUCGUUGUUUUGCCGAAUGAACCGUGCAAAUUAUAAAUUUGCCAAAUGUCAACGCAAGCUGCUCGGUCCAUUGGCCUCUGUGCAUUCUGAAUGCCGGUGCUCUCGAAAACUCCUUUCAUCUUCGUCUCAGAAAUUAAACGUUUUUGACACGUUUAUUAAAAACGAAUCACUCUUACUAUAUGUUUUUUACUUUCACAGUGUGGUUCUGUGUUGUGUUAGUUUAUUGUUUUUAUACCGACUUUGAAUCUGAAUUUCAUUAUUUCAAUCGAACCCCGGUACACGUUCCCUUUGUGGUCUUUUAAUUCCAUUACAGUACCGGGUUAAAAUUUGCCAUUUUCUUUCAGUAUAACAUAAGUCCUUAUUUUUAAGAAAAACAUGUCACGCUCAGUGUGCUUUUAAUGUUUUUGAUAACGUGCAACCGAUCAAGGACACCAGCGAACUCUGAAUAAGAAAAUAGUGAUUAACGAGCUGUUUUUCCCUUUUGUUUUAGAAGCAAGUCGAUUAAUUACUGAAAAAAGCUAGGUAAACAGUUACAGCUAUUGUGUGUGGAAAAUUUAACUUAAUUUCCGUUAAUUCUCUAAAUGUUACCGUUUUGGAUUAAUAAAGCCAUUACUUACUCGCGAAAGAAUCAGCAAAAUUGAAAUACUAGGAUCUUACGGUUUCGCCUAAAAAGCGGACUUCUAUUCUCCGUUAAAAUUCCCGUAAAUAUCGCGUGUUUUCGCUAUAUUUUUGCGAAAGAAACUGAUAUUUUGAUAAACAAAGUUGAUAUCCCGCCAUUAUGCGGUCUAUUUUUCGUUUGAACGUUUCUUGGCGUGUUUAUUUUAUUACGUAUGGGCGCAUUCAUUUACGUCUUAUCUCCCAAUGUGUCGGCUAGGUCACUUAAACAUCUUAUCCAAUAACCGUGUGGAUAGAGUCCUUUUAUGAUCCUCCUAUGAAUCCAAGUCUCGCGUUCUUAAUCAACAGACUGUUUCGUUUCGUGAUCGCAACACAGUGCACAUGUUGCAAAGAAGCUUCAUCAAAUAUUACGGUAUUUUGAUUUUCGUGCAAAUGUUUGUCACUUUUGUCAUAUAACUCACUAACUAGACCGAAUUAACCUAGGAGCUUCGCCUUAUUUGGAGACUGGUCGAGGAAGACAUUGGUUUUUGUUUCUAGGUAUAUUUUUGGACAUUUUAUUUCACAGCGAACCAAUCAAAAUCGAAAGAUGGAUAUUUAUUUCAUGGUUAGAUAUUUCUUUUGAUAUGUGUUAUUUCACAACGCUCAGGGCUAAUAUCUGCUCGUAAUACAAGAAUGUUUUGUACUGUGACUAAUGCCUUGAUAUGUUCUUUAUACGAGAGGGUCUUUUUGGAGGUAAUGCUUUGAUUCACUUCUUCAAACCCAUCUGCUUGGCACUAAUCUAAAGAUUAUGUACUCUUAAAUUAAUAAUACAUAGGCGUCUAACGAUAUUAGAACUGUUAGCAAGGUUAUUAGUAAAGAUAUUUAGGUGGAUGUGUUGAAGCGAUAAAGAAAAGUAAUGAUGGAUUUCUUUCGAGGUACUGCUUUUGUAAGUCGCGUGUACAUUCUGGUUCAUUAAGAAAUCACUCGCUUUAUUUUUUAACGGGUAAUAACUCUGUUUAGAAUUUUCGUUUGUUUCUCUGAACUAAAAAUCAAGUUAUAAAAUAUUUCUGAUAUACAGUACAAAAUACUUGGGUGGAAAGUUGGUGUUAUAUGUGAUCCUUCGGUUUGGAUGUAAAGAUUUGAGAACUUUACUUUGUAAUGAAAUAUUUGCCUUUCAGCUCGGACAGUCACGAAAUCGUUGUUUUUGGCUUUUACGUGUAUCUUGUGGUGUCGUUAAAAAUGGUAAUGCCGGUGUCAGGCACAUACACUGGACGCGCAAAUAACCUGGAUAUACAGCCGUGCAAUCUCAUAUGUAGUCACCAGUGAAGAUGAUAUGAAGUAUAAUUUUCAGUUAUGACUCCCUUGAAAAAUAAAAAGGGAACCUCUCCUUUUACUUGUUUACUUUCAGUUUUCUCCGUCACGCUCCCUUAGAACCAUCAACUUUCCAUUUAUUGCUGUUCAAUUGAUAUUUGUUAUCCAUGAAUUUUAAUCCUGGAUGUUGCUUUAUGAAAAUGAUUCCCAAAUAUACUUUUUUAUAUGUUUUUUUUUAACCUUGGGGCUUUAUCAAAUGUUGUCAACGAAUGAAAAGAAAAAUAGUAAUUUAUCAUCCGUCGUUAUUGCGCUAAUUGAUUUUACAGAACACCAAGUUCACUUGCUUUAACAUUUUAUCGCUUGUGCUUGGCAACAUUUCAGGUGGCUAAGUUAUUUUAAAAGUGCCAUGAAUUACAUCUCAACUUUCGUGUAUAUCAGUGAGUUUCUGAGUUCACAUUAAAGCUUCGAAUCGAUUAAGAACGAUAGAGCCACGACACGAUAAUGACGAUUCUUGAAGAGUACUUCAAGUUUCUUAUCACUCCUAAUCUUGCCAAGCAUUUUAAUAAUUCGUCUUACAUUGUAGGUCCGCGAUUAGAACAAACCCGUCCAAUGGAUAAACAGAGCGUGCGCAGUUAUCCCGGGGACCGUGACUCUGUGCGGUCCGUUAGGCGGUCCAGAAGAGAAGACAGCAGCAGCGGUUACAGUGAUAAUGAGAGGAGAUACCGCAGGUCAGUAUGAACGUUAAACAGACGUCACAGGAUGUUUUUUGUGUCUGUUUUGUAUAACUAGGUAAUAAUUUUCCUCGCUAAUUGUCUUUCUUUUGAUAUGUAUAUUUUACAGAGAUCCUGUUGACAAAUUGAGGAACGAAUUACAGAGCUUGCAAACGCAACUUCAGCAAGAAACAAACGCACGUGGAAUGCAGUCUCAGAUGUAUGACGAUCUUCGCCGAAGACAUGACGAUCUCGAGCGCGAAAUGGCACGACGAGGAGCCGAGCAACAGAUGGCGAACAUGUACGACAACCUGCAGAAAAAAUACGACGCACUUGCUAGCGAAAUGUCCCGAAGUAGAGAUGCUGCAACAAGUCCCUCGCCAUAUAAUGAUCUUCGACAACGCGUGGAAGAUCUCGCUCGUAAUUUAGGCGAGCUGAAACGAAGAGAAUAUGACAGACCCCCUCCCUCACCUACGCCCCAACUCCUACCCCCACAACCAGCUCCAGCUCCAGCUCCAGCUCCAGCACCAACACCAGUAGCACCACCCCCACAGCCUCCAGAUGUUUCUUUGAUGCAGUUUUUGUGUCCAUUUUGCGGAGGGUCUGGAACUCACAGCCACGGAAGUUAUUUCUACCCUGGCUAUUCUGGUCCACCACAGGCAACCCCUUCACCAACCACAGGGACACCUCGACCGCGUCGUCAUACAGAGACGCAGACACCGUACGUGCCGCAAGUUACGAACACCUUCGUCCGUCAUCCAACAACCCCAGCAGCGACUUCCACACCUUACGCACCCUACUACCAUAAGUAAGUGAUAAGGCUCUACCAGCAAGGGUGGGGAUACCGUUUAGUAUUAGUUUCCGAUUGUGCCUUUGUCUCUCCCAUCCCCUCGUUCGCGUUAGUGGGGAGAAACUGACUAUCAGACGUUCGGAUUUCCUGUUUGCAUUUUCCUGUAGUCAAUUUAUUUUAGCAAGAUCGCUCUUCCCUUCAGAAGUUCCCGCUGCAUGGCAAAGAGUGCUCUGCGGGGGAAAGAGAGACGAGGAAAUAAAACAAAGAAUUAUUAUGCGGAACUGUUACGUAGAAACGGCCCCUCGUUUUGGUCAUUUAUUUGAGUUUAAUGAUUUAUGGACUUCUUACAUGUUUGUCUACUUCACUUGUCACCAGCCUUAUUCAAGAUCCUUUUAUUCAUUUUAAAUUUGUUUUGAUUAAUUUGUAACCCGUUCUUUCUUAGCGUGGUUACGUCACCAGUUCAUCAUCACACGCACACAUAUCCUGGCGCAGCAACCGGAUCUCCCAUGGCUCCGACUACAGUUAUAACCCCCGGUGCCCCUAUGGUACCUGUCGAAAGGAUCACUGAGACUCCCACGGUACAUCAUAUUCAUCAUCUCCCAGGGAAUAGGCCCCGCACUCCCAAACAUCGCACUCGUUACGUCUCGGACAGCGAUGAAUCGGAUAGUGAAGAGGAAUAUACUGUACAAAGAUCUAGAGGGUAAGUUCAUGUGAUUCCUCAAUUUCUGUUUAUUAAAAUGAGUCAAAUCAAUAAACGAACACAUGAAUAUUUACAAGCGCAAGUCAAGUGGGCCUGAGCAAAUAGUAGGUAAGUUAAUAGUGCUCAAUAGUGUUGCUGUUGACGGUGACUGACGUUUCGACAACCUUUGCGGUAGUCAUCUUCAGAGUCUAAGUGAGUUGUAUCACGUCAAUUGAUGGCAUUAAACUCUGGUCAUUGACCUGAUUGAAUGUUCAAUUACGUAAGUCGCGAUGCUAUUGGUCGUCUGUCAGUCAAGCAGUGAUGUUAUUGGCUAUGAAGACUCGAAAUGUCAUUGGUGGGGUUCGAUCCGUCUUUUGUACAGUUUAAUAGUCGUUUCUUGUUAGUCAAAUUGUCGUUUGUCCAGUCAUUCUCUCGUAGUUAGUUUUGCUCGAGUCCGUCAAUAAGUCGUUUGUACACUGCUGGUAACUGUAGGGCUAACACCUGAACACUCAGCAAAAAGAUCAGAGCUACGCAGCCGUCAUGUUUUUUCGUGUUAUGAAUUUUCGACGGCAAAAAAUGACUUCUUGCGCAAACUUUCCCUUUAAAACUAUUCUGAAUCUCCCCUUUGCUGCAGACAUUCCCGACCUAGAAGCAACCUGGCCAACCGUAGCAGCUUAGGCGGCUAUCAAGGGGAUGAGGUGAGAAAACAGUCAUUUUAAAGCCUUGUAUCUGUAGUACGUACAUCGGGCAGAUUACGGAGGGUAACUCAUUCAGUUGUUUUGGCUUGGGUGUGGAGGCUAAGAUUUUGUAAUUGUAAUUUGUUUACCCACGGAGCGCUUAGGAGUUUUUAAGAACUCGUUGAAACGUGUCCGUGUGGUCCAGAUCGAAUUGGAAUUUGGAAGUGUUGGUUUUUAAGGAGAGGGGAAAACCGGACUGCCCGGAGAAAAACCUCUUGGAGAAAGGGAGAGAACCAACAACAAACUCAAAACACAUAUGGCGUCGACGCUGGGAUUCGAUCCCGGGCCACAUUGGUGGGAGGCGAGUGCUCUCAUCACUUCCCAAGAUGAACUUGGAGAGGGCACCCUCUCCCCUCUGGUGACUGAAAGAUAAUCUCAAUAUUUUCCUUGUCGUAGAGCAAGGAGCCCCAAAGUGUGACCUUAUUUAAUUAAUUCGCAUUCUAUCAUGCAUACAGUAACCAAUCAAAAGUCGAGGACAGUUUCCAGCUGGCCUCUGAUUGGAUUAAAUCUGCACGAAAGAAUGGGAAUAAAUUAAAAGCGGUCACACUUUUGGGCUCCUUGCUGUAAGUCUCUGAGACAGUUUUACAUGAAGACAAAAAUCAGAACUGUCCCAAGGGCAGAUUGGUUAUUUGUUGUACCAGUCAUUGAGUUGAUUGAGGCAUUAUUUAUUGUUUUUUUUUUCUUGUUUUCUUUAUUGCAGCUUGAGAGCCAUCGACUUCAUCAGUCACUCGAUGUAGCCAAUAAAGCGGCAAGAAAAAUGCAGCAACUUUCCAAGAGAAUGCUGAGCAACAUCGCAACGGACCUCAUACGAUCGGGGAAAAGAUAGCAUUUGAUCUUAAUUUAUAUUCUGAUGCAGGCUCUUAUCAAAACUUGAACCCGUCAUAGUUCACCAUUCAGACGCGUGCUUCAACUUGAACCACAAUUUGAAUUUUAGUUGUUAGCCCUCUGGAGCUCUGAUUCUAGUCUCGUUUGGAGAACCUGGUGUUAACAUGGCAGUAAAUAAUUGUUUUAGUUGGAUAGUAGCAACUAAGAAGGUCUUAUCAAAUUUUUAUGGGAGGACGAAACGCAGCUCUAUCGUUUCACAGUAGAAGGAAUGCAUGGAAAGCAGGCCGCAUGUGGUGCCCUUUUAGUCGAGGAACAGCGCAUGCCUCUGUGUCGCCUUACGGUUCGCUGCUUUCAUUUCCGUUCUCUGUCAGUUUCUAGCGCUUGGUGCUUAGAUUUCCAUAAUUUCGUAAGACUGCACAGGGCACAGAGGAGUUUAGUUUGCCGUUUCCUCCUCCACAGCCUUUCUCAAGGCUUGGUAGACAAGCGAGAAGAGCGAGAGCUGGUGACAAGCAAGAAGCGCGAAAGGGGGAUAAUGGGAACGAGCAUAGAGCGCGAGCGGGGAGUGAUGGGAUGGAAAAAGAGAGAAAAGGGAAACCAGAGGUGGCGUCUUGAAAUGUCGGCUAUUUUCUCAGGCUAGAAUCAAGGUCAAGCAUAACACCUCUGCACCCUGUGGAGACCAGAAACAGAGCUCCAGACUAGCUUUUGCCAACACACAACAAUUUACUUAUCCAUUGGAGGCCAUAAGGGCUUGCAAGUGAAGCAGGAGAGUCAGUUUAAUAUUCCCUCGCAAUAACUCGUUUCGUUUUCCCUGCUGCCAGCACUUUGUUUCUUCUAACCAACCUUUUAUGGCUUAAACCGUGGUUUCACCGUUGAAAAAAAGCGGGUUCAUGGGUGCUCAUUCCAUAUCCAUUUUGACGAUUUAUGCUUUCGCGUGAAUCGUUCGUAAAAGUUAGGUAUCGCUCUUUUUUCGGAAUAGAACAUAACGCAUUGUAAUUCAAACAUGUUGAGGGCAGUGUUUUAUUUUUAUUUUCUAAAGGCAGUAUUAAGUAAAGCGCUUUUAUAGAACUUUAUUUUAUUUAAAUGCUUAUCAUUUUCACUCCAAAUAUACAUUCGUGAUAUUAUAUUUAUUCAUUUAAAGCUAUUACGACGAUUAAUGACGAGUUUUUAAAUGAAAAACAAUUACGCGUGAAUAUAACUUUUAUCCCCACAAAAAUGAUUCUAUUGGUUUGUAAAAUAUUGCUG